UCCCAUGCCUCCAUAUAAUCCCCUCGUAACUGGACACAUGCGUAGUACAAGUUAUUCUGUUUCCUAUUGUAUGCGGAGGGGCACCGGAUCUCCUUCUAGUGUCGACACAAAAGAUUUACAAUCCAGAGAAAUAGAGUGUCGCAGGGGUCUUGCAGCUAACAAGUACACAACAAAUUUAUGCCGGUCACGAUCUGCCCAGAGUUUAAAGCUGCUUGGAGAUUCAGCCACUCAAGAUGAUAAAAUGACUAUUUUAGCUCAACUGUUUUGGCUCUCUUUGUCGCUGCUCGAAUCUGAUUAUGAGCACGAAUUUCUCCUUGCCCUAAGACUUCUCUCAAGGGUUCUUCAUCGCUUACCUCUUGAUCGUCCGGAUGCAAGGGAUAAAGUUGACAAGCUUCAGGCGCAGUUGAAAUGGACUUCGUUCCCGGGAGUUCAUGCCUUACUUCUCAAGGGUUGCACAAAUCCUAACACGUAUGAGCCUGUUGUAACUCUAUUAUCUCAGUUCACCCCUCUACUAGACUUGCAUGUCGUUGAUCCAACACAGAGCAUUGCAUUUCCCAUGAACGUUAUCUCAUUGCUGCCGUAUAUGCUCCUCCAUUACGAAGAUGCAAAUGAAUUGUGUGUUCUAAGUGCUGAAAAUAUCGCACAAGUGAGUACUGAAAAGAGUAAAAAACUAGAAAAUCUUGCCACUGUCAUGACUUUGUACAGCAGGAGAACUUUCAGUAAGGAGAGUUUUCAGUGGACGAAAUGUGUUGUCAAGUAUUUAUAUGAUACAUAUGCGCAUCUUAGUUUCAACAUGCUCGCUUUUCUAGUUGAGGUUCUU